CGUGCUGACAUCCAGGUUCAGCUUCUGUUGGCAGCUCUCCUCCUUAUAUCCCCUCACACGUCAGGCCAGUGCUGCAUGGACUCGGUCGGUUUUUUUUUUUCAGGCUGCACAAAUAUUUAUUUCACAUUUUCUGCGCAGAGUGUCUGACCGUCUUUGGAGAAUAUGGAGAAAGAGAGGAAAUCCUCUAAACAGUACGGCUCUUUGGAGGAGACGCAGGUGGACAGAGAGACGGAGAAAUCAACAGACGACGUCAUUUCGAUGGCUGACUCCACAAUUACGAUCGAGGAAAUUGAAGGAGAGUUGUGCAAAAUUGAGCGGAUAAGAGACAUCCUCGUACGGAGAGAAUCAGAGCUGAGAUACAUGUGCAUUGGAAGAUCAAAAAGUGGCGUCCAAAUCCCAGCAGACGUCAGCGCCAUUUAUCACUAAAACUGGAAUCACACUACUGAAAGACUGCUGUGGCUUCACCUGCUCUAUCAUGUAACACUGUGUGUG